UUUUUGGCAACAAAAGCAUGGGGAACGUGGAGAGCGGGUCCUACCGGAAACGCCUUUCGAGGGUCUCCCCCGCAGAGCAGUCCGAGAUGGAACAAAGCUUUGAAAGCUUCUGCCGAGGAAAAAGUUCAUCCCAGAAAACCGUCGACUUGCAGACUUUUCAGGAAUCCAUUGGGAAUGCCCUGCCAGCCAGCAUGUCCGGGAGGAUUUUUAAGGGUAUACAGUCUGUAAACACAAGCACCAAGACGACGGCGGCGACGGCGGUAGCGACGCGCUCUCCCGGCGCGGAGAUCGGCAAGGAGCAGUUUGUGCUGUUUGUGGUAGAUGUGAUCAGGGGAACGGCAGAGGAAAAGGGCUGGCUGAUCUUCCAGAUGAUCAGUCCCGAUAACAGCGAGAACAUCACAGGACGACAGGUCCAACAGUUCUCAGAGGAUUUGAUAGCUGCCGUGGUUCACGUAUUGAAGCAGCAGAAACUUCUCAAUGGUUGGACUGCGGAUAAAAACCAGGAUCGUUGUCUGGGCAUUUCAGCGCUGGCCGCUCAGCUUCUGUCGCAGUUAAAAUCUACAGAUCUACAGAAUCUUGACAGACCUGAGCUCUUAAAUUCUGUAUGUUCAAGAGCCUCCAUCGAGGAUUGGUUGUACAAGGUCCCAAUGGUUUCUACAUUUCUCAGGGUUGUGACCACACUGGGAUUAUCCAUCUUGAAAAAUCACACAGAGCACCAAGGGGACUUUGGCACCUUAGUGCCAAAAUGCAGAAUUCCCAAAAAAGCCUCGUUUGUCAGUCUAAUUGACCUCCCCGCUGUCAUUUAUCUCAACUCCCACCUCCCGUCAGAGGUGCAGCACAAGUGGCGCCUGCUUUUCUCUUCUCAGCUUCACGGCGAGAGCUUCUCUCAGCUCUGCGGGAACAUUGUGGACCAAGGACCUUGCUUGCUAAUCAUAAAGGACUCCGAUGGCUUCAUCUUUGGUGGAUUCGCGUCACAGUCGUGGGAGGUUAAGCCACAAUUCCAAGGGGACAGUAGGUGCUUUCUGUUCACUGUUUCCCCCUGCCUCGAAGUGCAUACAUACACCGGAUACAACGAGCACUACAUGUACCUAAACCACGGGCAGCAGACAAUGCCAAAUGGACUGGGAAUGGGCGGUCAGCACAAUUAUUUUGGCCUUUGGAUAGACAGUAAUUUUGGAUCUGGACACAGCAAAGCCAAACCUAGGUGCACCACCUAUAACAGCCCCCAGCUCUCGGCCAAAGAAGAUUUCUCCAUUGAUGCCUUGGAAGUGUGGGCUGUAGGGGAUCUGCCGGAACACUUACUGGCUAAAAACAAGAAGAGCAUCCUAGAUGCAGAUCCUGAAGCCCGAGCGUUGCUGGAAAUGACGGGCAGAACGCGCCAAAGCGAUGGCUUGAGAGAUCCGGGAGACGAGGACCAAAGCUAAGCUGUCAUUUGAACUUCAUUAUGAUGUAAACAUUUCUGGUCCUUUUACCAGUUCCUUUAUACACCUUUUUAUAGCUGGUUUCUUCUAAAACAUCCUCCACAGACUACUGCGGGGCACAAGUCAUGGAAAUGUAAUUUUUCCACAAACACUAGACAAA